CUGUAUGUCAGCAGGAGCCAUGGAGUUCUUCUGUUAACCCGGCGUGCCGGGCAUCCACUGGCUCACCAUAGCUGAUACCUGCAAGUUGUCUUCGUCUCGCCAAGGGCAAAGGUUGCUAUAAAUUUCAACACAGGAUAGCACGCUCUAAGUGGUAUUUCUGACUUUUGUGUUUUAUACACCACGAAAAUGCAAUCAACACAAGAGGCGAGGCCACCACCAAAAGAACCGCCCAGGGGUUACCGCAAAGCUUCGUUAACUCACGCAUCAUCCGCUUUACCACUGGGAUGAACUUCAGCAGGAGACCAGAGCAACGGGUGCGUGGCAAAGCGAGCCAUCUCGAUGCGUGGCGCUUCAGACCUCGGACUAAGAGUCCAGCUCCCUCACCCGUCCGCCUCUGGUCUGGAACGGAGCCCCCGCCAGCUCGUCUGGAUCCGGCCUGGUCCGGACACUGCAGAUCAGAAAUGUCUCUGGUGCUUGUCAACAAGCCCGAUAUGUUGACAAGCCCAAACUCUGUUUUCUCUAUCUUUCCCAUUCUUCGAGAGGCCCCUCCCCCGUUCUUGUCUUUGUUUGAGCUUUCCUUUUCCCUUCGUCCUUCGUCCUCGAAUGAACUGACGGUUGAUGUUCUGACAAGACUGAUCUGCCAUCAUCACUUUCUUUUCAUUUUCUUCAUCUGACCUUUUUAACAAAUUCCGUAAUUUCAUUACAUUCCACUGUUUAGACCAAGGUAUCAGACCAGACGAUCAUUACCCUGUAGUCUUCGAGUAGCCCACUCUACCUCCCGAGACAUACAUCAAAGUGGGAGAUCUCGAUUAAUCGGUCGACCUUCUUCUCCCUUUGCUCAGUUAAUCACGCUAUGCGCAUGAGCAAUUCCGACUGAGAGUCGAGAAUCACCAGGAACCUGGUCCGCGGAUAGAUCAGGAUCGACAAACCGCUGGCGGGAGGGUAACGCGGAUCGCGGAUCACGGCACAGAAUGGCAUUCUCCAGCCCGUUGUGGUCGGUUUUGGCCCUGUCCUUGCUCCCGACAUCAACUUUGGCGCAGAAUGACCCCGUGAACGACUUUUGCCGUCGGUUUGGGCACCAGACCGCCGUGGUUGACAACAAACUCUUCAUCGAUGGCGGCCUUGUGAAUUGGAAUCCACUCUCAUCUUUUCCAGCCAACUACUCAAAUACAUGGCUUCUAUACCAAGAUCUGUCUUCGUCAACGGCUUCGGGGAUGCCCCCCCUUUACGCCAAUCUGUCCAAGAAUGGAUCAAUUCCCAACGUCGCCGGCGGUGCCCUUUGGUCUGACAAUGUCAACAAGCGACUCUAUCUGUUUGGCGGGGAACGCAAUGCGGGGGAAUCGCCCAUGCCCUUCAACCUAUACGGCUAUGAUAUCCUAAACAACCAAUGGGAUUCUUUCGGCCCAUCUCGCACGGGAGCUUCGAUAUCAAAGGUUAGCUACGGUGCGGGAGUCUCUGUCGAUACACGCGGCGAAGCAUAUUACUAUGGUGGAUGGUUGAGCAACGCCUCCGUUCCUGGAUGGGGCACUGGUCCGCCAGUCGCAACGACCGGCUUGGUGAGAUACACCAUGGAUACCAAUAGCUUUGCCAACAACACUGGUCCUGAUAAUAUACGACGCGCCGAGGGCAGUCUGCAUUACAUCCCCGCUGGAGACGGUGGAAUGCUCAUCUACUUUGGGGGCAUACAGGAUCUGGCUGGCAAUGGAAGUUCUACCAUUGGCCAGCCCAUGGACCAGAUAUUUAUAUAUGAUGUGCUCAGCAGCAAGUGGUACACGCAGAAAGCUUCAGGUGAUGUUCCUGGCAUGCGACGACGAUUCUGCGCGGGCGUAACUUGGGCAGGAGACCAGUCGUCCUACAAUAUUUACAUGUACGGCGGCGCCAAUGUCCCAGGCGUGCUGGGCGCGGGAUAUGACGAUCUCUACAUCCUCUCAAUCCCGACCUUUACCUGGAUCAAAAUGUACCCCAUCGGCCGCAACGGGACAGGAGACUACCCCCACCACUCAAUGUCCUGUAACAUUGUUCCUGGCCGUGCGCAGAUGAUCAUUUCAGGAGGCACGUUUCCGCUCUCCCAAGACUGCGAUUCACCCGGGCAAUGGGGAACCCACAACGCGGACCUUGGAAAACAAAAUGCCGGCAAGGUAAUCUGGGAGUUAUACAAGCCCAACAAGACAACGUACGCCGUGCCGGACGAAGUCAUUGCCGUAGUAGGAGGCAACGGCAACGGCGGUGCUACAAAGACUGCACCCGCGGCUGGUUUUGACUACACCGACGUCAGCCUCCUCAUCACGCUCACGGCCAGUAUUCCGAGCCGUACACCGACGAGAGAUGUCGGCAGUACCGGUGCUCCCGCUCCCACAGGAGGCCUAUCUACAGGUGCCAUCAUCGGCAUCGCGAUAGGAGCUGCAGUUCUGGUCGGCGCCAUGGCCAUGGGAUGCUUCUUCCUGGUCCGUAAGCGCCGGUCAGACCGAUUCCACACUGGAGCAUCACCGCCAGGACCAAGCCACGUAUACCACGCUCAAAGCAUGUCAGAAGCAUGGUCGCCACCCGCGGCAUCGCCUUACUCACCACCAUACGGACCUUCUCCAUUCACGCCUCCUCCCCUGUCCGCACACCCGCAGUCACCGCACCCAAUGUCCGCGCACACGGUCCCGCCGCACAUGGGCCCGCCGGCAGAGCUACCUUCGGAGCCGUCAUACACAACGACACCAGCGGCUCUCGCUGGCACGACGACGCUCACAAACAUAUCGUCGACGGUGUCGUACCCGCCGCAGCAGGCGUACUUCCCUGAGACGACGACGCUGCUGAAUCAGCCGCAGUACGACGCCCACGGCAACAUGUGGAUGCCGCAGGUGAGCAUGGUGCAGGUCGCUACCGGGGUGAGCCCGCCGCUGCCCGAGUACACGCCGGCGAGGGGCGACCAAAAGACACCGCAGCCGACGGCGGCCGAGGUGCGGCACGAGCCGCCGCCGCAGGAGCCGCAGGAGCUCAGUGCGGACCCGAAUGACCGGGCGGAGAUGAGUACGAGGCAGGAACAUCAGACGUACUACAACAGAUAGGUUUGGUUCUUGCAGGCGCAUGGUUUAUUCUGUUUCUUCGUAGUUAGCCCAAAGUCUGGCCUGUCAAUGAUGAGACCGGGCAGGGAUGGAAGCGAAUGGGAUAGCGGUACUGUUGAAGGAGUCUGGCGUUUGCCUCUUUGGUUUGUCCCUUCUUAUUACUGGCACUAUUCCCACUUGGAGUUUAUGAUAUGGAAUUGUAAUCAGGCGAAUUUCGGCAAUUUUUCAAAGUACCUAGCAGACACCUUGAACCAUCAGGGUCCAGAGCCAUCAAGGUUCAGAAUGUGAUAAGGAUUCCGC